AUGAGUUCCGUCGAACUAGCUCCUACGUUUUUUCACCACCCGUUUCAGGCCGGUGUGAGUCGUCCAUUAUCGAUGGCUGCGUUGAUGCAAUCGAAUAAGGAGCAUAUCUCUAUCUCAAAUCCUUUACCUGGACCAUCAAAUCUCAUUACCUCGAACUCCUCCGAAUCUCUCGGGUUCCUGAAACAAUCCAAACCCGACCCGAACUUGACUUCUAUCGCCAGUGCUGGUCUGAACGUCUCACGAUCAAAGGAGUCAUUGUCUACAAUGUCCACCACUGCACCAAGCGCUGGUGGCUCGACGGAACGACCGCUUGAGCCCCAACGAGAGUCAGAACAGAACAGCUCGCAAGUAGCGAGGGAGGCUCUUGGCGCUAGUGAGAAGCAACAAACCGGCGUUGUCAGUGACUCGCUAGUGAUGUCCUCCGAUCAAAUGCAAGUAGACUCCCAUCCCGUCUCGGGAAAUGCUCCCGACACCUUCAGCACGGCCGACAACAGUACAUCCUUGAUGAACACCUCCACCGUUGCGAGUCCCGGCCCAAUAGAAGACUCGAUCUCCCAGGAUGGUGAUCGACCCCGCCAUCGAGAUGACAGCGAUCUCCAUCAAGACUCGAGCCACAAGGCAUUCUCCUACCCUAUGCCCACGGGAGGCCUCAACGACCCGCGACGUGGCCUAAGCUUGCCGACUUCUGGUCUUCACAAGGCUGGUCAACGAUCACCAUCGGCCAAGAAGCAUCGUUGCCCAUACUGCUCGACAGAAUUCACCCGGCAUCAUAAUCUGAAGAGUCAUCUGCUUACACAUAGCCAAGAAAAGCCAUUUGUAUGCCAGACCUGUCAAUCGCGUUUCCGUAGGCUUCAUGACCUCAAGCGACAUAUGAAACUCCACACCGGUGAACGACCGCACAUCUGUCCCAAGUGUGGACGCAGAUUUGCCCGUGGCGAUGCUCUCGCCCGCCAUAACAAAGGCCAGGGCGGUUGCGCUGGACGUAGGGCAAGUAUGGGAAGUUAUGCGCCGGAGGAUGACUAUGGUGACGUGGGUGUACCGGGUGCAGAAGAUUCUAUGGAGGGUCUUGUCUACGCCGAACCGGAGCGCAUGGACGAGGAAGAAGAACGCCGGUUUAAUGCGCCCAGUAUCAAGAAGCAUGAUAUUCCAUCAGAUUCUCUGGCCCGUUCCAACAGUGUGAGCAGUUACCAACCGCGCCAGCCGAGCACAUACCCCCCGAUUGCGGCUAGUAGGCCAUCCCCCGGUGGGCUUUUCCCUCCCCCAGCAAGCCAUGGUGGUUCGAGCGGCUCUCCUUCCCCCAUCCCAUCAUCUGGCAACCUGACCUUCCCGCCUGCUGGCCAGCCUUCCGGCACUGCGGUCUUUGCACCUCCAAACAUGACUGAAAGUCCCAGGCCGCUCUCACCAAAUGCCCUGUCUUCCCACGCCCUAGGGCACGGCCCGGAAAACAAUGUGCAGGUCCACCACCGUCCUCACUCUCCAGGAAUGGCGCAGUCAUUCACGCAACCCCAAUAUAACAGGGCAGGUCCCUCUCCAACGUCCCUCUCCAACCCCACCGCGUCGACUUUGGGCCUUCCCCCACCUCAGCCUGGCGCCCCGCAACUUCCCCCGCCGCCAGGUAUGGCUUCAGCAGAACCUCGCUUCUCUCUUCACGCUCAGAGCGCGGUACCGCCAUCUUCUUCAACGGCCGCGAAACAUACCCCGUCACACAGUCACUCCAGCAGCCAUGGCGGUCCAUUAUCCUCCAAAGCCGGCCUAGAAGCAAUUUCGGGCAAUAAUAUCCAUCCUGCGCUUCCGCAUGACCCCACUCUUCAUGACCAGCAACGCGAUCGAGAGGAUAAGCUUUGGGCAUACAUUCGUUCCGUCCACGACGAAUUGAGUGGACUAAGGACCGAGGUAGCUGCCCUCAGAGCCCAAAUUGCGUCGGCCACUGUAAAUACGCUGGCAGCGCCCAACUCGGCGGUUGCGCCAUCUCCAGUUGAGGCAGGAAUCGUCGGCUCUGUGCAGCGAUGA